ACGAUUUGUGACGAUUGUGCUGUGUGCACCGAUUAUUUUAUUACACUACACUACACUAUAAAGAGGUGGUGGGCUUUGUAAUUCGGAGUCCACGCACGCUACGUUUUCCCCAACGUGAAUAAAUCCCAAGUUAAGCACGUCGAGUAGUAUAAUGUGUGAUACAUAUAGGCAUAUAUGCCUAUAUAGAUAUAUAUUUGUAUACAGGGAUUGCAUUGCAAGACGCGAAACACGCGUGCGCGCCGCGCGUCUCUUCAACGUUAUACUUAAGGUAACACACUCCAAUAGUAAACCGGUUAAACUUGAGAUUAUUAUUUUAUUUUUGAUUGAUACGCCAUAAUAAUAAAAAUUGAACACAAUCAGUCAUAUUUAACUUUAUUCAAGCUAUAGCAUAAUUAUUUUUAUAGCAUUACGAGCUAUAUAAUUAAUAUAAUAUCUACAAGUUUUGAGUCACGAGAUACCUAGGUCGAAAGGUAAUAAAUAAAUGAAAAAUUAAAUUAACAAGUACUAUAAUUAUACAAUACGAAAUUCUAGUUGUUUGUUCAGAGAUGAGCCUACACAAUUUAAAGAUAAUUUUGGACAGAAAAUACUUACAAAACACACUUUUUAGAUGCCAAGACAUGAAUGUGAUUCAUCCUCGCUGCGCGAGAUGGUUGAGGCUUGUUAUACCUAUACACUAUACAUAUAGGAUCACAUCCCCACUCUCCCUACUUACGUUGUCCCGUUCCGAAUAGCAUAUAAACACCAUCAGGAGACUGUUGACCGAUUCCGGCAUAAUGACGUUUUUGGUAAUAGUUCUUUGCUUAAGUGAAAUCAUUCCUUUUUGGCCUGACUUGGUCAAGUAAGCAUCUUGUUUAAAAAACUUUUUUCAAAAAGUUCGCGGUCCCUAUUUGCGUUGACCGCAAAAUUCAUACUUUAUAAAACUAACCUAAAAGUUGUUGUCAUGUCUUGUCAUCGACUUCGCGCUUCUCUUGAUCAGUAUCCUGAUUGUAAAUGUUGUCCUAUAUAAUCUAAACAACAAAGGAGUGCUCUUCAAGUGACAAGAGAUGUCCAAUAGUGUAUUGCUUCCACCGGGCUUGGAGCACUCGUUUGUUCCAAGAAACAACGCCAAUAACUUCUCCGAGUAUUGGCAAAAUCAAAAUGUACUCAAAGUACCGCAAAAAGUUACUGUCAACGGAAAAGCCGAUAAUAACACUAGGCCGAAAAAGCGGAAGAAGAAGAAGAAAAAGCAGAGGAGUACAGAUGAGAAAAAAGAUGACAACCUAAAUGAUUCUGAAACUGGAAACAAUGAACCUGAAGCAGAAAUUGAAUAUGUUCAAGAUAUACCAACUGUCAGCGAUCUGGAGCCUAUGUACAGACAAUUUGCUAAGGUUUUUGAAGCGUUCAAGCUGGUCGAACCUGAGAAGCUGAAUGCUGAUGGAGCUGAAGCUAUCAGUCAGUACCCACCUUUGAGUGCAGCUGAUGGCGCUAUUGCCAGUAAGCUUGGACAACUUGUUGACGAGUAUGAGGAAGAUAUACAGGCCCAAGAACAUCAACAGCAGCAGGCUGCAGGAGAGAAUGGUACCCCACGCAUUUCCAAGAGAAAAUUAAAGAAAUUAACAAGGCUCAGCAUAGCUGAACUUAAACAGCUAGUUGGAAGACCCGAUGUUGUAGAGAUGCAUGAUGUCACUGCGAGAGAUCCCAAGCUAUUAGUUCAACUAAAAGCUCAUCGAAACACAGUGUCUGUUCCUAGGCAUUGGUGUUUCAAACGCAAAUAUUUACAGGGUAAGAGGGGUAUUGAGAAACCUCCAUUUGACUUACCUGCAUUUAUAAAACGCACUGGUAUUACUGAAAUGAGAGCAAGUCUGCAAGAGAAAGAUGAGUCUAAGACUCUCAAGGCUAAAAUGAGGGAAAGAACAAGGCCCAAGUUGGGUAAAAUUGACAUAGAUUAUCAGAAACUGCAUGAUGCCUUUUUUAAGUGGCAAACUAAACCCAGAAUGACUAUUCAUGGUGAUUUAUACUAUGAAGGAAAGGAGUAUGAAACAAGGCUCAAAGAAAAGAAACCUGGUGAGUUGACAGAUGAAUUGAGAACAGCUCUGGGUAUGCCGAUUGGACCUAGCUGUCAAAAAGUCCCACCACCAUGGUUGAUUGCCAUGCAGCGUUAUGGACCUCCACCAAGUUACCCAAAUCUAAAAAUCCCAGGCUUAAAUGCUCCAAUUCCUGAAGGCUGUGCCUUUGGUUAUCAUGCUGGAGGUUGGGGUAAACCUCCAGUAGAUGAGACUGGUAGACCACUGUAUGGUGACGUUUUUGGAAUGACUAGAACUCCUAGAAGUGAUAAUUUGGAUGAGGAUAUUGACAAAGGAAUGUGGGGAGAGCCUGAGUCUGAAUCAUCUGGAGAUGAAGACGAAGAUGAUGAGGAAGAAGAGGGUGAUGAGGAAGCUAAGGAAGAUGCAACUGGUCUUGUAACACCUGGAGCUGAAGGUCUUAUCACUCCUAGUGGUAUUACAUCAAUACCUGCUGGAUUGGAAACCCCAGAAACCAUUGAGCUUCGAAAGAGGAAAAUUGAGAGUGAAAUGGAAGGUGGUGAUACACCUGCCUUAUUCACAGUUCUUCAAGAAAGAAGAACUGAAAACCUGGGAUCAAGCAUGAUGGGCAGCAUGCAUGUUUAUGAUAUGACCGGCGCAGGUGGACAGGCACCACCUUCGGUCAUAGCUGCGCGACGCGGUGUAGUUUCUACAUCUGAAGUCAGAGCAACCGAAAAAGAGGGAGCCGUCGAAUUGGCUCUUGAUCCUAGCGAAUUGGAUCUGGAUUCGGAAGCGAUGGCUUCUCGUUAUGAAGAAACGAUGCGGAAUCGUCAGGCUUUGCAACGAGAAGAUUUGUCGGAUAUGUUGCAAGACCAUGUACGAAGACAAAAGAGCAAACGAAAGCACCAACAGACUCAAGAUACAAAAUCUUCAAAAAAAUAUAAAGAAUUUAAAUUUUAAAAAUAAUUUUUCUAAUACAACUAGAAAAAUACAAAUGAAUCUUUGUUGUGCAAUAUUCUGUGGCUAUAUCUAUGCAUUAGGUAAAUUAUUUAUUUAAUAAAACUCGUUAGUUCAUGAAUAUUUAAAAUGACGCAUGAUUUAAAUGUACAAAAUGUUGAAGUUUUCGACGAAUAAGUUUAUAAUAGCAACGAAUUCGUAAAAAAUAUAUUUAAGUCACACGUAUCGUAAUAUACUAUUAACCUUGUUCUAUAAAAUAUGAGUAAUUUUAUAUUAGUUUAUAAUAUUUAACGUAUAUGUAUUUGUUUUUAUAAAAAUUUUAACUUGACGUUUCAAUUGUACAAAAUUAUAAUCUUGACUUCUAAUCUAAAAAAUCUCUGUAGAUUGUGGUAAAGAAGUAUCGUAAUAAAUUUGUACGUUCUCUCGA